AUGGAGGCUCUACUUUCCACCAAGUACUCUGGCCACGAGGGCAUUCGGAGGGCGUUUGAAACUGAAGCAGAUCUUGGGCUUUGGCGGGAGUGGGCAAGUUUGGACCGGACUGGCAGUAUCAGGGAUGACUGCAACGACUGUGAAGAAGGCCCUCGAGGGAAUCCAUUGCACGACUACCCAGCGUGCAACUCUUGCUUUAACAGCGAUUUUGGCAUGGAUUUCUGCAGUUUCCACAGCCAUUACCUCGAGCAUAUGUUGAUGAGCCAGUUCUACACCCCUGUUCACGAGAUUCCCUUGGUGCUCGCGGAAUACAGUCGGUUGAACGCCCACCUUGCGGAAUUGGAAGACGCCUCUCCGGGAACGGCUGGUCUCGAUGGGAAGCUUUGGGAGGGUCUUAAGCAAGCCAGAGCUCUCGUUGAGAAAGUCCAAACCAACGGAGAAAGGAACACUUCCACCCUUAAUGAGCUCGACAAAACGUUGGUCAAAUUGCAAGCAGAGAACCUUCGAGUCAUGGCUGAGGCUGUCAGGACAAGAAAAAGGUGGAUGGCUAUGUCGCGAAUUGUGAAGAUGGCAGAAAGCGAACUUCGGACCAGAUUGGUGGACGAUGAUUCAGCGCAGUCCAGCGCUCUCAGAACCCUUGGCCGAUGUAGCAAAUUAGGGCUACUGUAUCCCUCAUAA